AUGGCGGCUGAAGCUGGCUUUCCGUGGCAGGCGCCAUCCAGAGAUCCGAAAAAGACCUCAAUGGUAAUGCCAAAGCGCAGCAAUGCUCCACCGCCACAGUCAACCAAGCAAGAGCGAGAACCAACAUCCCCUACCAAGACCGCCGCGUUGCAUCCGCAAUCCCAGCCUCGCAAACACAUCCACCAGCAAGGGAAGCAUCAGCAUGCUGCAGUCAAAGGUCCUCUGCGAUUCAGUUUACCAACUACGCUCAACACCCCCUCAGAACCCGUCAGACCUAAACCUACAUCUCCCCUCCCGGUCCGAACCAUUCCACCAUGGGUACGAGAUGCGGAAGAAGAUGAUUUGAGCGACCCUCAGUUCCAGAGCCUGGACACUCCGCACGCAGCGUUGGUCGCUCAGCAUCACCACGGCGCGUCAACAGCAAGGCGGACCCUUAUAUCCAGCAGGCAGUCUCACGAGGAGGGCUACUCUACACCUCUGGGCCAAGGGAGGGCCCCGCGAACCUCGAGGUGGAUGUCCUUUGCCCAGCCCAGUGCCUAUCCUCAAGAGAACUUCAAUGGUGAAAAGGUGGACACGGACUGGCUCAACCAGAACCUCACCGACUAUUCCAAAACAUGGCUUGAGGACCAUGACGAUGACGACGUCGAGGACGGCAGCAGCCGUUAUCGCGCAUUUCGCAGAAAGAGACAAGUGUGGUAUAAACGCGCCCAGUUCUACAUUCUGCGAAAUCCAUUUAUCCCUCUUGCUUUCCGAUUGACGGUUUUGUCGUUUGCCAUCGUCGCUCUAGGCCUAGGGGCGUCAAUAUACCAUGAAACUGGCAAGAUAACGAAAUGCAUCAAACAACCACCGGACCGGCGCACUGCCGAAUGUGUCCAACGCGUCGGCGCCACAGCCACCGAUUAUUAUCGAGAUCCUUCCGGCUUGAUGGCGGUGAUAGUGGACGCCAUCGCCAUUGUCUACACCAUAUAUAUCACCUACGACGAAUACUUUUCGAAACCUCUAGGGCUACGACCGGCAAGAGCAAAAGUGCGACUGAUGCUGCUCGAUCUCUUCUUUAUCGUGUUCCAGUCGGCAAACUUGAGUUUGAGUUUUGAAUCCUUGGCAGUGGGGGAGGGUUCUUGCAAAACUAGCAAUUCUGCGAAGACAGCCGGCAGAUUCGAGAGCAUAUGCGAUAGAGCAGAGGCCUUGAGCGGAGUACUAUUGGUGUCACUCACUGCAUGGUUGAUGACAUUCUCUGUUAGCGUCUUGAGGUAA